UGUUCAUUCAAUAUUCACACAGGUUGUAAACGAUCGUUUGAUUUUUGGAUAUAAAGUGGAAAAAAACGUGUUUUCAAUCAUCUCGAUCUUGAUUGUGGAUUGAUUAUGAUUACAAUGAUGAAAUUAUCAUUUAUUUACCGGUCAAUUUUCGUAUCCAUAUUGUUUACAUUAUCAAUAUCAUCAUGUAAUUCACAACAUACAUUUCAAUUUACACAUCGUUUGCCAUCUAUUACAAGAAGUCGAUCAACAAUUGUGAACUUUGUACAUCGUACACCAAAACAAAUAACAUCGAAUGUUCAGAAUAAUGCACAGCUUCGUAAGGUACCAUUGCUACGAUCAAGUUCGGUAAGCACACCAAUUGAUUCACGUUCAUUUUCAUUUGGUCGAAGUGAAUGUACAGUUGGUACAUGUCAAUUUUAUUACAAUUGUUCACGGAAAACAUCUUCACCACCGAAAUUCUGUUCAAUGACUAAUGGUUUUACCGGUGUUUGUUGCCAUAAUAAUAAUAAUAAUAAUGGUGAUAAAGUCGGCAUUAGUUUGCCACAAACUAGCCGAUUUCCUGUGGUCACAAAUACAUUUAGCCCAACAAUAGUGGCAGAAAGUUCCACAAGAAAUGUUAAUUUAGCCGAUUUCAAUUCAAAUGAAGCCAAUCAAAUAAUCAAGGAUCUUGUAUCACUUGAAGAUGAAUUACGACGAAAUGAUCUUGAACCAAAAAGUGGUACACAAGAAUUUUCUCAUCAAAAUUUUUUCGGUGGUAAUCAAUUAUCAUUGAAAGAAAUGAAUGAUGCCAUUCAAGCAUUGGAAACGUUUAUUAGCUUUGCUAAAAGCCAAAACAUGUCUCUCGAUGAUAUACAAUCAAGUAAUAUGAAUAUUCGAGAUGUUUCUUCAUUGGCAGGUAUUUGUGAAUCAAAUGCUGUUUGUCAAAAUAUUCGAUAUAGAAAUCCAGAUGGUACAUGCAAUAAUCUUAUCUAUACAAAUCAAGGAAAAGCUGUCAGUACGUUUAGUCGAUUAUUAUCACCAGAUUAUGGUGAUCGUUUCAAUGAACCAAGACGUGCUAUGGAUGGCAAUGAACUACCAAAUUCUCGACAAAUUUCAAUGAGUAUUUCACCAGAAUCACAGCUUGAAAAUGAUUUCUAUUCAACAAUGUUGAUGCAAUUUGGUCAAUUUAUUGAUCAUGAUAUUACUCGUACGGCUAUUACUCGAACUCAUGAUAACAAACGUAUAAGCUGUUGUGAUGAAAAAGUACGUCAAAAUCCGAAACUUUUACAUCCAGCUUGUUUUGUUAUUCCAGUUCCAUCGGAUGAUUUUUUCUUACGGGCUGAAUCACAGACAUGUAUAAAUUUCGUACGAUCAGCACCGGCUGUAAAUCCUAAAUGUAAAUUUGGACCACGUGAACAGCUAAAUCAAUUAUCAUCAUACAUUGAUGGCAAUAACAUUUAUGGACCAUCAUUGAAACAAGAAUCACGACUUCGACAAUUUCAAGGUGGAUUAAUGAAAGUAACCAUGUUGAAUCAUAAACCAUUUCCGCCGACCACUUCAAAUCGAAAUGAAGUAAAUUGUCAGAUUCCUGAAACAGCUAAUAUGAGUUGUUUUUUGGCUGGUGAUAUUCGUGCAAACGAAGUCAUUGAUCUAGUCGUUUUGCAUACAGUUUUCUUACGUGAACAUAAUCGAAUUGCAACCAUAUUGCAAAACAUGCAUCCACAAUGGAAUGAUGAGACGAUAUUUCAAGAAACCAAACGAAUUAUUAUUGCAGAAUUACAGCACAUUAUCUAUAAUGAAAUGUUGCCACUAAUUCUUGGACCAAAAACAAUUGAACAUUUUGGAUUAAGAAUACAUGAUGGUUACAGUGAUUCCUAUAAUCAAGCAGUAGAUGCUACCAUUUUGAAUGAAUUCAGUACGGCUGCAUAUAGAUUACAUUCAUUAGUACAUGGUAUAUUGAAUCUAAAUACACCGGAAAAUCAGAUUGUUGCACAGAUUUCAUUGAGAGAUGUAUUUGCCAAUCCAUCAUUGUUGUAUCAAGAUGGUGUUUAUGAUAUGCGAAUAGCCGGUUUAACUGGACAAGGAAUGAAAAAUUUUGAUAAUUUUUUCUCAAGAGAUGUAACCAAUCAUUUGUUUCAAGCACCUGGUAAACGAUUUGGUCUUGAUAUAGUUGCAUUGAACAUACAACGUGGUCGUGAUCAUGGUAUUCAAAGUUAUGUUAAAUAUCGUGAAGUUUGUGGCCUUUCGAAAAUCAAAUCAUUCACCGAUCUUCGUACUGUGUUAUCGAAUCCAGCAGUGGCUGAUGUUCUUAGCCAUUUAUAUAAACAAGUGGAAGAUGUUGAUCUAUUUAUUGCCGGUACAUCUGAACAGAUUCUACCUGGUGCUAUUGUUGGUCCAACAUUUGCCUGUAUUAUUGGUGAACAAUUUCGACGUAUCAAAGAAGGUGAUCGAUUCUGGUAUGAAAAUGGUGGCAUGGAAACAUCAUUCACUCCUGGACAAUUGGCUGAAAUAAAAAAGAUUUCAUUAGCCAAAAUUCUUUGCGAUAAUAGUGAUGUUGGUAUUAUGCAAAAAUUUGCAUUGUUAAUUCCAUCGGCCAGCAAUCCAAAAUUACGAUGCAAUCAAUUACCAUCAAUUAAUAUGAAUCAUUGGAUUUGAAAUCAUUAUUAUCUUUUUUUCUGUUCCUAUUGAAUAAAAUAAAAUAAACGUUUAAUUCAUGAAUA